CCUAGAAGGGAGCACUUGAUUACAGCUCCCCAAAUCCAGCAUCCAUAUCUUACAUGAGAGAGGCUCUUAGUACCAUUCUUUAAUGUUGUGUCUAACAACACAUAAUUUAUGUCCUUACCAGCAUCUAGUAGUAUCCUGAACCUCUCCCAGCUUGAAUGUUUAGCUUCUUUUAAAACUACUUUUGCUGGUUCUAAGAUUAGUUUAAAUAGUAGGAGACAUCUGAAAUUUAAUUAUGAUCAGAAACCCAAAUUACACAAACUUUGUUUGCUGUGCUGUUUGUAAUAAAAUAAUUCCACCAGCUCCUUUUGGGGAAACAUUCAAAAGGAUCCAUGAAUACAAGCCAUUCAAGACAUGUUUUUAUACUCACAAAGAUAUACUGGAAAUUGGGGGAGAUAUUCUGAAUAAAAAAGAACAAAUUCAAGAGGAUGUGCUCAAAGAAAGUAUUGCAAAAGCAGAAGCUCAAGUGUGGAAUAAGGCCAAUGAACGCCAAAAACAAGCAGUGGACAAAGCCCUUGAAGACGCAAAUGAGAGACACAAAUUUCAAAUUCAGAUUUUGGAAGAAAAACAUCAAAAAGAUUUACAGGCAAUGGCAGAUAAAACCAAGACAGAGGUGUUUCAAAACAUGGGUGAGGAAAUGAAGAGAGAAAACCUGGCUGCAGAACAACGCAUGGUACAUCGAAUCCAGAGGAUUAUGGUGGAGUGCCACAAGGAGAAGAUGGAGGCCGUGCAGAGGGCCCGGGAGGAGGAGCGCCAGAUAGCACAGCUGGCUCUCAAGGACCAGAAAAGCAAGGUCUUGGAGGAACUUGUGAAGGCCGGCUUGGAAGGAUUUAAGGAGCAGAAGCUGAACAUGGAGCAGUUAAUAAAGGCAAAGGAACAAGAAAUGAAUGCGUACUAUGGCUUGGCUCAGAGGCGGCGGCAAGAGGCGGUACAGCAGGUGCUUUACAAAACAGAGAAAACACACCGGGCCACGCUGAGCAAUGUGGUGAAUAAGCUGGCUAAUACCCAGGGGGAGUUGCUGUCCAUAGCGGAACAACUGGGAAUCAUGACAAGCUGGAAGGACUUUCUGGAGGAGGAGUUACAGGAAACCAGAGCAGCAUUUCAAAAAUACAUCAAUUAUACUUUCCCUAAGCUUUCACCAGGGCAUGCCGACUUUAUUCUGCCAGAAAGAAAGAAAAUGCCUUCCUAUCUGGUUACACAGCAUGAAACAAUUCCAAAGUAGAAGUCUUCACCUGAAAUGUCUCUGCAAAAGAGCCAACAUUCACUGAAUAAAUUUAUCCAACAUCACGUGUUGGUCUCGAGUACUGUGCAUGUCACUACACACAGCAUUGUCACGGAAAACCAAAAUGCGCAGGAGCACUUUGCAGCUUACAGUGAGAAGCAUCAAACUGAUUAGGAGGGAAAAUGACUCUUGGAGAAAGUACAGACAUCUGGCCUUAUCUGGCUUUAUUAAUUUCUACAUCAAAUAUAAUUAGUGUCUGUUACAUUGGAAAUAAGUAA